UCAAGUUCUAGUUUAUUUUUGUCUCUGAGUCAAGUUUUUAGGUUAGGUAUUGCUGCUAAUCACCUCUGACAUUAACAAAAACAAUUAUAAAAGUAAAGUAAUAUUGAAUAUACUUAUAUAUAUUCCUAGGAUAGAUUGUAAUUUUAUAAUUUUAAUUCUUAGAAUUCUGAAAUGACGCUGUUCAAGUUGCGAUCGGCACCGUUUGUACUCAUCGAAGAUGAUAUUAACAAAAAUACAGUGCCUUUAAUUUUAGAACUUGUACAAAAUACGAGCGGCGUAAUUAAUUUGUUUGCAUAUGAACAACCGAUUACGGUAUGGAGAAAUGUUUUCAAUCCGUCCGAACUAAAUUGUUAUAAGGAGUUUAAUCCGGAAAUGUUUUCAAAGUACACACAUUCCAAAUGCACAGUGAUAAUAGACUCUAUAAACCAAAUGUCUCUAUGUUUGGGUUGGAACGUGCUUAAAAGCUUAAAGAGGUUGCAAGACAAUAAAGAUGUGGAGAAGUUAAUAGUAAUUCUACACAAAGAUUGUUUAUCUCAUGCAUCUAAACUACGUUUUCAACUAAACCAUAUAGCGAAGGCUAUAGUUUCGUACGACGACAAAAUUGCGCACAAAGUUUGGGUACAAAUUAAAAAGAACAGUAAAAUUAUAAGAACUGAAGAAUUGUUAUCUUAUGACAGUAUUAAUAAGGUAUUAAAGUCUCAUCCAGUAAUCAAAGAAGAAAGGAAAGAAGCUGAACCAGAGAAGCCAUCUCCAGGAACACUUUCAACAUUCAAAAUAGAAGUGGAACAGACUGAAAAGCUACAAAAGUACAACCUGAAGCUUCCGUAUAUGAGUAAGAUUAAUGAAGGAGAGAGCAAAGUGUUCUACGAGCCUGAUGCUGUUGAUGACUGGGAUGAAGAAGACCCCGAUGAUGACCUAGAUAUAUGACCUGAUAUUGUACAGUUGUCCUGAGUCUUUUUAGCUGGCCUCAAGUUAGUUACCAUUGUCAAGUGAAGUGAAGGUUUAAUGUUAAUUCUACACCUGCUGUGAUGCUUUUCAGGAUGCAACAAAUGCAAAUCUUCCACAGACUAACCUCUUAUCGGCUAUACAGAUUAACAAUAGCUGUACAUUUGUUAAUAUAUAAAUAUAACAUGUUAUAUCAUAAAUACAUAUUACUAUAUUUAAAU